UGGUUUCACAGUACGCAAUGUGCUUCACAAGAUGAAAUCAACGUAUCUGGAGCUCUUGUUUUCUUUGCUCUGUUUGGUUGCACGUUGUCAAUGCCAAAAUAUCAACGGCCAUCUACGCGUUGCCAGUUGUCACAUCCAAAAUAGCUCGGUUCAUUUAUCUAGCCCAUCAGCUAACAAAUUAAGUUUAAUUGAAGCUAAGCUUAUUGGCAUGCUCGCCGUGUACCUAAACUUCACGUACGAAAUUCACACUCCAACGGACGUGCUGCAACUGGGCUCGCCCUUAAAAAUGAACGACGAGGGAUCCUGGACUGGAGUGUUGGGACAAAUCGUCCGCCAUGAAGUCGAUUUGACUACUUCUUUUGGUCCUCAGUUAUAUUCAAGAAGCAGAAAUGUUGACAUUACCGUACCGGUAAUCGUUGAUAACAUAGUAAUCAUAGUCCCGUACCCACAACAGCAUAGCGAUAUUCUUGAUAUGUUCGACAUGUUCUCACCUUUGUUCUGGACUUCGUUUAUCGCAGUAAAUUUUAUCGUCGGAUACGCUAUUUAUUGCGUGGCAUUCCUAAAACGAGCCGAAGACAAACAUGUGUUAGCCUAUCAGAACGUACUGAUGAAGGGCGUAGGAAUAACUCUAGGGCAAGGAGGGGAUUUCAGGCAUCAUUCGCUACCCUGUCGGAUGAUCGUAGGUUCUUGGCUUUUUGCUAUAUUGGUGUUUAAUAACGCCUUCACUGGGUCGUUGAUUUCAAUGAUAACGAAUCAAAAGUUCCAGUAUGUAAUCCAAUCUAUUGAAGACGUGGCAACCGACGAAGACGUAUGUACAACCGCUCAUCAUCAACGAAUCCAGUACACAUUCCGAAUUCAAGGAAUCCACCGAACCCAUUUUUCGAAAAAUCUUUAAACGUAUUGAGGCAAAUCCAGACAAGUUACUUGUUUCAUCAUCCA